UACACCAGAGACCAGUGGAAGCUGCUGCUUCCUCCACGAACCGUCGGUUCUAAGUGGGUUAAUCGGAAAACUUCACGGUUGUAUUCACGACAUCUCCUUUUGUUCUGCGUACUGGUUAGCAGCUAUCAUGGUGGCCAUGACGAAGAGAGUGAAAACCUUUCAAAUCGUCCUGUCGGAUCCGACCAAGACUUUCUACUGCGGCGGGGACCGAGUGUCCGGACGGAUAGAGGUGGAGGUUCACGAGGUCACGCGUGUGUCCGCGGUCAAGGUUCUGGGUCUGGGCUGCGCCAAGGUGGAGUACGCUAAAGGCAAGCAGCGCUGCCGGCAGGAGGCCGAGUACCUCCGAUACGAGGAGACGCUGCGGCUGAACGACCAGCCAACAGACUCUGACGGGUCGGUGGUGUUGAGGCCGGGAAACAAAUAUGAGUACACGUUUGGAUUCGAGCUCCCUCAGCAAGGGCAGCUGGUAUCAUCGUACAAGGGCAAGUUUGGUUAUGUUCACUACUAUGUCAAGGCCAAACUGGAGCGGCCCCAGCAGCCCACCCUCGAGUGCAAGAAACCCUUCGAGGUGGAGGAGCCUCUGGAUGUCAACACUCCAGACUUGCUGUCUCCUACAGGUGGCAUGAAGGAGAAGAAGGUAACCUGCAUGUUCAUCCCAGAUGGCCAGGUGUCCCUCAAUGCAAAAAUUGACCGCCGUGGAUUCUGCGAGGGCGAAGACAUCUGCAUCAACGCCAAGUUCGAGAACACAUGCUCCCGCAUCGUGGUGCCCAAGGCUGCCAUCAUCGCCAAACACACCUACCAGGCCAACGGCCGGACCAAGGUCUUCCGCCAGAAGCUGUCUUCGGUGCGUGGGAACCACAUCAUCUCCGGCAUGUGUGACGCCUGGCAAGGAAAGACCAUCAGGGUGCCAAAGAUCAAACCAUCCAUGUUGGGCUGCAACAUCAUCCGUGUGGAGUACGCUCUGAUGAUCUACGUCCACAUCCCCGGUAGUGAGAAGUUGAUCCUGGAGCUCCCUCUAGUCAUCGGGACUGCUGGGCUGGGCAGCCGCAGUAACAGCGUGAGCAGCCAGGAGGGUUCGGUGAGCAACUCCUCCCAGAGCUGGGUGUCCCUCAGGAUGCUGUCUGAUCCUCCAAGCUACUGCGACAUCACCCGUGACUGCCGCCUCGACCAGCCCCUCACUCCUCUCCUUGACGACUUUGAUGGCGAGGAAAGUCCCAUCUUUAUGAACGCACCGGCCUUUCCGUUCCCACCGCCUCCGGCGUACACCGAGGCUGAGGAGGAGUACAGUGGAAACGCUCGCAUGCUGCCGGUCUGCUGAAGUCCAGGAGUGGGGAUUCUCGAACUGUGUGGUCCAGUUCUUAGGGACCAUUAUGUGGGACACUUCUAAAGGCGCACAAGGUUCUUACUCUGGAGGAAACAGGAUGUUGGAUGGCGAAGUAAAGCCAGGACAGUGGGAGAGGACAGGAAUACAGUGGCCUGUUAUUUCAGCUAUCUUCACCACACCGAGUUUCCUCUAACUGCUCUUCCAGCUGCCGUCCUGGCGCUUUGGCCACGAUCUGAUGGCGCGCUGCAUUCUUGAAUAAGCUGUUCCUCCCAGAGGCCGUCAGGGUCUCGCUGCCCACUCACAGCCACUUUAUGACUUUAUAGGGGCCAAGCAUUUAUGAGUCAGCUCUCGGUGGCUUCUCUUCAUGACACUGUCAUUCCAGUCAAACCCUGUAUUUGUUUAAGGGAUUUCACAUAAAGAACUCUUCUUCUCGUUCAGAUAGUUCAGGAGUUUGUUGGGAACACCGUAGUCGUUUCAAAUUGCAGCAUGUAGAAUAUUAUUCCUGGGAUGAUUGUUGAACCUCAUGAAACAUCUGUAUUCCUUCAUGUACCAGUGUUUGAAAAAUGUGGUUUAUUCCUUUUUUUAUUUGCACUUUUUGAUUGCAUUUUGCUCUACUACUGCCUACAGGCGUUUCUGUUUGUUUAGUUGUGUUUUGAUGUGGAGAGUUCUGAAAGUUCGACACUCUAAAAUUGUUGAAACCUCCCUCGUUGGAUUUCCAAAUUCCAUGAUUGGCUCUGUAGUGCCAUAAAUCAUCCAUACCACUCACGCUUCCUCAGCAUCAUGGAAGGCGCCUUACGUGAGGAUAAUCAUUGUAUGAGGUUGGAGUUGUCCCAGACAACAUUUCAGCGUCAGGUCUCCACUGUGGUGGGGUCACAGCUUCUGUUCAGAAAAACACUGUUAAAGACUGAUAUGUGACAAAGUAUUUUUGCAAUGCAUUCUUGAUAUUAACAAGUAUUUUUGUAUGAGACCCUAUGGGUUAUUUUUUUAUUAAAGAAAUGUGUAAAAAAAAAAAA